UCUGCUACAGAGACAUUGAGCAAGCUCUGGCAGGAUUAUUGUAACAAGGCAAUGAAUCAUACACAAUAUUUUGAGUGGUACAGGCGCUGCAAAAGUGGAAGAACAUUCCUGAAAGACACUGAGCAAUCUGGAAGACUUGCAUCAAGAAUCACCCCCAGGAAAGUGGUGAAAAUUCCUCAGCUUGUGCAUGAGGGCUGUGUCGGAGGAAUCAGUGACAUUGCUGAUGUCGUUGAUUCUCCAGAAAGAGAUGACUUAACACUAAAUGUUUCUAGAGGAAAAGUAUGCGUUGAUACUCCAAUCAAAUUCCGCUGCAGUUGGAAAGGUGGUGAUCCACCAGCAAGUGUAACCCUGAAAUAUGAAAAAUACUCAAAUACUAGUAAAGAAGAAGUUGAAAUUAAUGUAAAAUCUUCCAAAUUUCAUCAAACAGUCAAGUGUCUGGGCAUUCAUAUUGCUGCAAAUGUGUCUCGUGAAAAGAAUUUAACUAUUUAUUAUCCACCUGAUAUGGUAGAAAUCAAGGCUGAUGAACCCUUUCUUGAAGGUGACAAAGGCAUUUUGCAUUGUAAGGCAAGAAAUGGAUAUCCAGAAAAGUACAGCUACAGGUGGGAUCCAAGUAAGAAGACCUCACAAAAUUUAACAUUUCCUCAACUCAAUCGAACACACAAUAAUGAGGUUUACACUUGUUAUGUUUCUAACAAGUGCAGUAAAAGAGAAUUACAUAAAACACAUUGGAUCAAUGUAGAAUGUAAGUUGAAAGCUUAAAAUUCUAUUACAAAC